CUGUGCAACUCCCUCGUUGUGACAAAACCUGGCUUGUUUUUCUUCUUUUUCGGCUCAGAUGUAUCACUUCGAUGGUCAUCAUCAGCACCAGCAGCUUGUACAACAGAACUAUCAGCUCGGUCAGGGGCAGCAACUAACAUCCGGGUCGGGACACAUGCAAAACCAACGGCAGCUGCAGCGGGAUCAGCGACAAAAGCAGCAAGCUGGUAGUGGCCACGCGCUGCAGCAGCAGGUUUUGCACCCACAGGUUCAGCGACAGCAACAGCAGGCUUUGCACCCACAGGCGCAGCAACAGCAGCACCCACAGGUUCAGCAACAGCAGCAGCAGGAACAACAGCCCCAACAGCUCUUAUGCCAACAGGAACCGCAUCUGCAUCAACGUGGCCAUCAUCCGUCUCAAGACUCGUUUCAGCUGGCGCACGCGCAGCCAUAUGCACAACAACACGGGCAGCAAGAGACUAGCCCCGGGGCUUCUCUUGUGUACCAAGGAGUGCAGCAGUCACAGCCGCAGCAUCAGCUCAAUGUAGAGCAGCAAUUUUCUGGGCAGCAGCUGGCAGUGACGCCGGCGCAAACGGCGGGUGCUCAGCAACAAACACCGGCGUACUUGUGGCCAUCGCCCAUGCCAAGCCUCGUGACACAUCAGCAGCAACAUCAGGAGCAGUUUUUGAUACCUUCCUGGGCCUCGGUUUACAACAAUCAGCAUGCUCCCGUCCUGCAUUCCCAGCAACAACCUCCGCCUCAUCAGCAACAGCAGCAACAGCAGCAACAGCAGCAACAGCAGCAACAGCAGCAACAGCAGCUACUGCUGCUACAGCAGCAGCAGCAGGCGCAGGCUGGUUACGAGUAUCCUCAUACUUUGUAUUGGGUGCAGCAGCCAGAACAAGGAGCACCUCAUCAUCAACAAGCACAAGCACAAGCACAAGCACAAGCACACCCACAACUCCAGCCGCUGCUACUGCAAGAACAAUCUGUGCCGACACUGCCACUACAGCAGCUACAGCAACCGGUUAUGAAUCAGCAGCAGCAACCACUACAGCCGCUUCAAACGGCGGCUCUGUCUUAUCUCACUCCCGAUCAACAGCAGCAAACACAACAGUCGAUUGUGUUUUUGAACCCAGGCCUAAUUCCCACCCCCGGUCAGUCUUUUCCCGCCGCCGUUGGCCAUCAGCUGGCUCAUCAAGGCGGGAUAAUUGGCCAGAGUUCUGUAAUGCAGCCUGUGGCGGCGGGGAAUGCCCAAGUCGCCACAGCUCUCCAGCAACAGCAGGUGGUGGUCGCAAUGCAGCUUCAGCAUACCGUUGCGCUGGCGAACCCGUUUGCUCGUCCUUGUGCAGGAUCGCUGGCACUCCCGCCUGCCGCAACCGGCGCCACCACCGCCGCCACUACUCCCAUUGUGGCUGCGGGCUCUUCCAAUGCUCAGGAGCAGUGCCCUUCGGGCCUCCUCCCCUCCCCCGCAUGCCCUGCGGUCUCAACACCACUUGAAGUGCCGUUUUCUCCAAUGGAUGCAUCCCGACCGGCGUCAAAGGACAGCAGUGUGCGCGGUUUGGCUAUUCCGCUGUUUCGGCCGCCUGCUCCUCACCCCCUUCCCUGUUCCUCUAUCUUUCCCGCUUCUUCUUCCGCUUCGGCGCCGGAUCGUCCACUCUCGGCGAAUCACCACUCGCGCCCACUGCAGCCGCCACCUUUACUCCGUCGUCCCGACGGAGGAACAUCGACCCCUUCAGGGGGAGUCGAAAGAGUAGGAGGGGGAGACGGAAGGGCGGGACGAAGGGAGCGGGCUCUUGAUCCCCCCCCUCUCAACCGUUUACCCCAGCGUUAUGUAGAUGGCGAUUGCGCUUCGGCCAAGGAGGGGGGAGGCCCGGUCGGAAAGGUCGGGAGCACGUCAGGGACCGGAUGGGGUACCACCCCGGAUUGGGGGGGGGAUAAGGGGGAGGGGAGCACGUCCGGCGGGCGGUAUGCCAGCUUCUCUUCCCGGGCAAUGCAGUCUCAUCAGGGCGGGAAGGACGGAAGACGCAGCCGGCCAAACUCUUCGUCCAUGCAUCCGUACGGCUCGUCGCAAUGGAAUGGACAGCGCAAAUCGAGAGAAGGGGGAAGAGAAGGAGGAAGAGAGCGAGGUGAUGGGGAGGAGGAGAAGAAAGGAGGAGGAAGAGGCGAGAAGAAAACGAAGGGAGGGGGGGGAGGAGAGAGACGGGGAGGGGGGGGGGGGGGGGGAGGAGGAGGAGGAGGAUGGCGGGCAGGAAUGGGUGGCGGCGGAGGAGGGGGCCACUACGACCAACAACCAGGAGAAUUUCGCCAAAAAACUAAUUGGGAUCGACACUCGUUUCCAAGGAGGGGCUCCCACGGCCCGCACCCAGGCAAAGAUGGCAGGGUGAUCAGGAUGGAAGGUGAUGCGCCGCAUGGAGGCGGCGGCGGCCCAUACAGAAGGGGGGAUAGAUCGUUUGGUGGUUAUGGUCGCGACUCACCUAACCUCACUAACGCCAAAGGGAGCGGGAUCCUUCCUCCGCAUGCGUACGUGUCUGGAGCGUCUUCGUCAGGUGAUGGCAUGCCUUCCCUCCUAGGAAAGGGGUGGGCCUGUCACGUUUUCACUCCUCCAUCAUCUCUUCCUUUCCCGCCGGGCUUCGGUCCUAAGCCCCAGUCAGCAGUACCUGCAUCAGCGUCCAUGGAUACGUUGCUGCAAUCAUCGUUUUCGUCCGCCCGCUCUCCGCCACCGUACAGCGAUGCGGGUUCCACGGGGAGUGGUGGGGCGGGGCCUGCAGCUACAGCGGGGGAUGCAGACCGAACGGCAGCGCUGUCUUUGUUUGGCAGCAGAUGGUCGCCAUGUGGAGCGCAUGCCAGCGGUAAUCGCGAUGAGACAGCAAGGGAGUUGCCUUCAUUUUCCGAGGCAACAGGCCUGCAAAGGGAGACUGCCAUUUGUGAACCGGUGAGUACUGCACAUGCACAUGGCACGGGCGCGACGCUGGCGGGAGAAGAGCCGCGCGCUUGCCGAGAGCAAGAAGGGGAAGGGGUGAUGGGAUCGCAGGAGGAUGAACGGUAUCCGAGGGAAAAGCGGCAAGGACGAGGCAUGUAUUUGGCGCCAGCCGGCGCAGGAAGCGCCGCUGCAGCGGACGGUGGAACAGGAGCAGGGGAAGGACGUCAGAUGUGUGGCGAUGGCGAUCUUGUUGACGAUGACCCAGAUCUCGUUGUUCGUGGGGUUGGAGAUGGCGGUGAGCAGCCUGAUGGGUGUAAGGUUCUGUCAAAGACGGAGGGAAGAGGAGAAUGCAGGUUGUCGUCUUACGAAGGCGGCACGAAGGAAGAGACUAUAGUCAGAGCUCGCGAAUGCUCAAUCAAUGCCUUAGACGGAGGGGGGGUGAAGUGUCCGUCACCCGUCCGUCACGAAGCCCAAGACGAGUUGAGUGCCUUGAGAACGGUGGUCGAAGAAGCUGGGCGCUCAUCAGAAGGGGGAGGCCUGAAAGCGCAAGACGAGUUGAGUGCAUUGAGAACGGCGGUCGAAGAAGCUGGGCGCUCAUCUGAGGGGGAAGGCCUGAAAGCACCUUGCGAGAAACGUUCACCCAACGUGUUGGACAGCGGCGACGUGGCGAUAAUGGAUCAUAGUCAUGAGAUGUCUAGGAGAUAUCCUGAACUCACUGGCGUAGAGAUUUGCUCUGCAGAUGCAGGUUCUGGCAGAGAGUCCACGGCGCCGGAGGGAUUGAAGCUUGAUGCGGAGUUGGAGGGGAUGGGGAUGGGAAUGGGGAUGGUAGAGGGGACUUUUCCGGAGAGGCCAAACGCAGAUAUGCUCAGUGACAUGCUGGUGGAAGACAAGAAGUUGCUCCUUGGGGAGGAAGGGGGACCACUAAUAACACCACCGCAUGUGGAAACAGCAGCGGCGGGUGCAAUUACUGUGGCCCCACUUUACGGCGGAGCUGAUGAGGGGAGGUGCGGUGGGGGCGUGCAGCAGCCAGUGAUAACUAUCCCCCCGCAAGGCAAAAAAAAUGGGUUUCUCGAGAAUGGCAUGAAGUUGGAGACGGAGGGUGCAUUCUCGGUACCGUUGACAGGGGCGGAAGAGGAGCAUAAAGGGGGGUUAAGGCAAGCGGGCAUUUACGUGCCAAGCUGCGAUGAUGGGGAGAGUGGUUAUGCUCGUGCUCAAAAGGCUGCAGCAGCGGAAGACGUCCAAACAGCCGUUCAAAGGUGGGAGUCUAGCGGAGGUUGUUUGGCAUUGGCGGAGGGGGGUAGUUUGGAAGGGAAGGUAGAAGUGGCUGUCGAGCGUGCAGAGGAGAAAUUGACCAUUUAUUGCCGCAGAUCGAGGCCGUCGGUGGCCAAGACUGCAGGUGGUCCAACCCCAACGGGCGCCGAAGAUCGAACGGCAACUGCGAUAUGCUCAGAAUAUCAAAAUUUAGUGGCCCACGAGAUUGGAAAGAAGGUAGGGCAGGACACCACGGAGGUGGCAAAGCCGAGUCUUACUGUUGACGAAAGGAGUGAGGGAGGGGCGGGGUUGUUGGAUGAGCGGGAUCUAGCCGAGGAGGCUUUCCUGUUGGAGUUUGGCGAGAUCACGCCGGUGGAGGAGAGGGGAAAUUUAGGCGAAGAAUUGUUGGGAGUCGUUGCGGAGGAGCAAGGAGAAGGAAGCAAAGAGAAAAAAAGGGGAAGAGGAAGACCUCGAAAGGAAGGGAUAGUCAGAAAAAUACCUCGGAAGGACGGCAGAGGAAGACCUAGAAAGGACGGGGGAGACGGCAGAGGAAGACCUCGAAAGGAAGAGGUGAGAGACGGCAGAGGAAGACCUCGAAAGGAAGGGAAAGACGGCAGAGGAAGACCACGAAAGGCAGGGGGAGACGGCAGAGGAAGACCUCGAAAGGCAGGGGGAGAUGGCAGAGGAAGACCUCGAAAAGAAGGGGAAGACAGCAGAGGCAGACCUCGAAAGGAAGGGGGAGAUGGCAGAGAAAGAGAAGGAGGGGAAGGAGACGGCUCCACUUUGUCGCCGGGGUUAGAGAAGAGGAAAAAGAGGGGUCGGCCGAGAAAAAACAAGCCUGAAAAAGAAGCAUCUGUUCUCAGGGAAGAGGGCGAGGAAGGGACGGUGCAGAGCAAGGAUGGAGAAGAUGCCGGGUGGCAGAAUGGAGAAUCUUCAGCAAAUGGAGCUGGUCUUGAAAAAGAAGGAGACCACGCCACAGAAAUCAAGAAGAAUUCGGCGAUGGAUAUUGCUGUCGAUGGUGUUGGUGGCGAUGCGCCGCGUGUGCGCAUGAUGCAAGAGAAGGGUUUGAUUUGCUGGACCGGGGGCGAGAGAAAGGGAAAGCACGCUGGCACGGAGGAGGAUGUGGACGUCCAAGUUGUCCAGAAGCCCGAAGAGUGGUCGAAAGCGAUCCUAGCUGCUGCCAGUGCUGGCAGCACCGAACGCAGGGAUGGAAUGGUGGGUAAGUAUGGAGCAGAUGGCCUUGACAAAGGAGAUAAAGGUGGGGGACAGGGGAACGGCCAGCCAAUGAAACCCAGGGAAAGGGUGAAGAAGCGACGGAAGGAGGACGAGGAGGACGUGAAGGCAGUGGGAGAAGUGGAUAAAGGUGUUGUGAGACUGGAGGAUGGGCUGGUUCCGAAACCCAGGGAGAGGGCAAGGAAGCGGGUUAAAGAGGAGGAAGUCAAACCGAUCUCCGAAGAAGAGUUGGGAAUAAUCCAGUCGCACAGCAAUGUGCCUGCUGAAGUCGUGCAGCUAUGGAGGAGUACAGGGAAGAUGCCGACGACAUGUCAUCAGUGUCAGAGAGCUGACAAACACGGGCUUGUCUGGUGCUUGGAGUGCUUCCAGCGGUAUUGCGCCUUGUGUAUGGAGAGAUGGUAUCCUCAAUUAACCCCGGCAGUUAUACAGAAGAAAUGCCCAAAAUGUGUGGGGUUCUGCAAUUGCAAAAAAUGCUUGAGGAAGUGUACCGAACCAUUCUAUUCCGCAGCUAAUAUCACGGAGCAGAGGAGGCUGGAGCAUCACUUCCGUCUGUUGACACUGUUGAUCCCUCACCUCAAGUGGAUGGUUGCUAAACAAAUGGAAGAAGUGAAGGUUGAAGCCAGAAGAACAAACUGCUCUGAAGGCGAAGGGCAUGGUCUGGAUAUUCAGAAGUCAGGAGUUGGCAUAGGGGAGCGGCUUUUCUGUGACAAUUGUCGAACAUCUAUUGUCGAUCUAUACCGGUCAUGUGUAAUAUGCGAGUUCGACCUAUGCUUGGAAUGCUGCAAGGAGGUGAGGAAUGGUAAGCAGCCUGGUGGACGAGGGUUUGCGCAGCGCUUCAAUUGGGUGACGAUUACACAAGAUAAGGACCAUGAGAAGGGAGAGCGCACUGUGGGUCGUCAUGGUGAGCUGACGUGGGCUGUGGGAUCUGAUGGGGAUGUCCUGUGCCCUCGUAAGGCCUGUCGUGGGAAAGAGAUGGAUUUGAAGUCGGUGAUGGGAGGGGAUUGGUUGAAAGAACUUCUGUGUAAAGCUGAGAAAAUGGUCCACAAGUUUGGUACGCAGAUGCGGGCAGAGCAUUUGGCCGUGAAGGGACGUACCCAAGGGGCAUGUGAUUGUGAACACUUUGCUGGUAAGAGGAGGCGGGCAGCGUAUCGCACAGAUAGUGACGAUAACUACAUAUACUGUCCUGAUGUAAGUGACAUUGAUGGACGGGACAAUCUGUCCCUGAGGGAAUCAGCAUUGAGGCACUUUCAGGACCACUGGGGAAAAGGGCAUCCAGUCAUCGUGACUGGAAUUCAGAACAGGACAACGACAGGUAUCAGUUGGGAUCCGAUGGUGGUCUGGAGGGCUGUCAGGGAGGUCUCUGUGAAGGAUGGCUCUGAAGUUGCUGAGGCCUUAGCUGUUUAUGCAAUCGACUGCCUUGACUGGUGCACUGUUGAAAUCAAUACCCACAAGUUCUUUGUUGGUUACAAUCAAGGCAGGAUGCAUCCAGAUGGGUGGCCAGAGAUGUUAAAGCUGAAAGAUUGGCCUCCGAAAAGCUUGUUCAAGGAAAGGUUGCCGCGUCACUGCAAGGACUUUGUUGAGAGCUUGCCUUUCCAUGAGUAUACGCAUCCUGAGAAAGGUGUACUCAAUCUGACAACAAAGCUUCCUCCCGGGGCAAUUGCUCCAGACCUUGGACCUAAGACAUAUAUUGCAUACGGGGUUCGUGAAGAGCUCAGGAAGGGUGACUCUGUAACAAAGCUGCACUGUGAUAUGAGUGAUGCCGUCAAUGUUUUGCUCCACACAAAGUCGACACCGCUUCAGCAAUGGCAGAAGGAUAAUAUUAAAGCAGCUCGAGAUACAGUUCCCCGGAGAAGAUUGCCAUCCAACAGGGGAAGUUUGUCGAAUAUUCUCAUUGGCAGUGAUGCAAGGCACAUCAGAGAAGAGGAUGGGGACUGCAAAAAUGGAGAAGCGAUGACAUCAACGAGCUUCCCCUUGGAUAAAAGAAGAGCAAAGGGCACUGGCCAGGCAAAGGGCAGGUUAAAAUCCAAAGGCAAAAAGAAGUUGCCAGAAGCAGAGGCUACAGGUGAGGUUGUUGUUAAUGAGCAGUCGAGUGCUAGCAGCAGCAGCAGCAGCAGCAGUAGCAGCAGCAGCAGCGGCAGUAGCGGCGGGAGUCAGCUGGGGGAGCAAAGUGCACUUGCACACAGGAAGCAUGAAACAGAUGAUGAGUACGGUGGUGCUUUGUGGGAUAUAUACAGAAGAGAAGAUGUACCAAAGCUGAUAGAGUUUAUGAAUGAGCACAAGAGUGACUUCCUUCAUGGAACCAAGCCUAUCAAGCAGGUUGUGCAUCCCAUUUAUGACCAGACGAUAUACUUAACAGAGGAUCAUAAAAGACAGCUGAAGCAAGAGAAAGGUGUGGAGGCUUGGACAUUUGAGCAGUACUUCGGCGAAGCUGUUUUUAUUCCGGCUGGUUGCCCGCAUCAAGUGCGCAAUCUGAAGUCCUGCAUCAAGGUGGCGCUUGACUUUGUCUCACCGGAAAAUGUCCAGGAGUGCAUACGCUUGUGUGAAGACUAUAGGGAUUUGCCGGAUGGUCAUCGAGCUAAGGAAGACAAGCUUGAGGUGAAACGGAUGCUUGUCUAUGCUGCACAGCAGGCGGCGGAUGAACUAGAGAAGGCCCUUCGUGAACCUGCUGACACUGUGGAGGCCGAGGAAGUCGAACACGUUACGGAGUUGGUGCCACUAGGUGGCAGGGCUUGCAAUUUCCCCGUCGCGUGCACAGAGUUGUGCAUGGUGGUAAUUGCUUGCCCCUUGUACAUCUGAAAGGCCACUGUAAUCUGAAAGGGGACUGUAAUCUGAACGAGCACUUAAUCUGGAAGGACACUAGAAAAGUCGCGGGUUCCAAUCCCGUCUUUCCUGGUACCAUUGCUCACAUGUAUACUAUCCUGCAUAUCCAAGAAGGGAAGAUUUCGAACACAGAGAGAGAGAGAGAGAGAGAGAGAGAGAGGAGAGGAGAGGGAGUGCCAACUCUUGCCUCAAUCUGUGUUGACAUCAGAGUCGUGGAGGCUCGAGGUCAUUCAUGCAAGGAAAACGAAACAGCAGUGAAAGGUUCGCUCGCAGCAAUGCUUAUGAGGGGCCUGAGAAAGAUGAGUUUGUGAGAGAGUGAAAGAGUAUCAUGAAGGCCAUAGUCAACAAGCUUGGAGCCUCCUGGGUGUAAUGCAUCCAACCGGCCUUUGGAGGCCAUCCUGAGUAGAUCUUCUUUCUGGUAAGCAGAUCGUGUCAGGAAUAUGCCGAUCAUGGAUCGUCUGUUGCGCUUGGCAUCCGGCUCCAGUGUGGUUUGGCUCGCGUGUGCGGAUCGAUCGGUCAAUCGCCUACCAAACAACUCCACCGGGCUUUGGAUGCCGUCAUGAGCAGAAAUUAUUUCUGGUAAGCAGUUCUUGCCGGGAAUAUAGUAAUAUACCAAUCGCAAACAUUGUCUGUUGCGCUUAGCAUCUCUCUCCUAUGCGGAUCGAUCGGUUGAUGGGGAUCGAUCUGUUGAUCUCAUAUUUGACAAAUCCACUGGGCUUCAGAGGUGGCCAGGAACAGGAAUGCCAUCGUCUUGCAAGCGGUGGAAGCUGCUGAAGGAGUAAGUCCAGAGUCCUUGCAUAGAAUGAAUCUGUGCUUGGCAAUGGUCCUUUUGUGUGUACUCUUGGAAGGAGUUAAGGCGGUGUGCUUGUGCGGAGCUCACCUGUACAUUUGUAUCUCAUAGAAAGUGGCGCUAGUUUUCACUGUUCGCCGUGUGUUCGGCGUCUGCAGGGGCUUGGAAUUCGUAGUUUGGCCCACCGUCCCUCUGUGUACAUUCGGAGAUAUUUUGCCGAGUUGCUCGUCAGCCUGUCAUGGUUCUUUUUCAGGAUUAGAUGACCUGCAAAAGAGUCAUGCUGAAUGUCCAUGGCCCCUUGCAACGCACAAGGCCUGCAGUUGUUUCAUAUACUCUCUUCAACUUUGCAACACACUGACCUUCUUCAUCUCUCUGCUCCAGUCCUCGGCACACUGAGAGGUCUUGUUUUUUUUUUUUGCGCAACGCACUCGGAGGGUUUCUUCUUGCACAAAACAGUGUUUGUUACUGUGUUCAUCUCUUUGCUAAAGUCAGCAGUCAGCUCACUGUAAGGUUUUUUGCCCCCCCCAUGCACCAGAUCCCUGUCACGUUCAUUAGCGAAACACUACGAUCUACUGUUUUGUGCGCUCGACGACGGACGGCAACAGGUCAACCUGAAGCAUCCUUCGCUCCCUCAGUCAUCCGAACCGAGAGGGAAGGCUGCUGCUGGGAAUUCUUUUUCAUUUCAUAUCUGAAGCUUCUUUCCUGAUUUACUUGCAGUGAAAGCACUUGAUGCUUCCAGGGAUGCAGCGCACAUUUUUGUGUGACGGGGAUAGUCGCACACCUAAAGUACAAGGCAAAAACUGCAAGUUCUGUGAGGGAUGCUGCAUGGGGAGAAACAGGUGAAAGCAAGAAACGCUCUGUUCAUAUGCCGACGCACAUGCCAGUUCUUUUACAUGAAUGGAUUCUCAAUGUAUGCACUUGUCUGGUUGAAUCUCUCAACGUGUGAUUGCCCCCUCCACCUCCCGCCUUCCCACUCCUCCCGCCCUCUCCAAUUCCAACCUUUCCCUCU